UGUGAUCCCUCUGUGUUUUUUUUCCAGAAGUGUUUCCUGAGCUUCUUCCUUUUUUGUAUCCUUUUUGUGUCAUGGUGUCAUGCCCAAUGCUACAUUAUAGCCACCGAGGGAACAUCAGAGGCAGUGAGAAAAACUAGGAGGAAGAAUCCACUCCUUGGAACCUGGAGUGAAUGGCAUCGAGGCUGCAAGGCUCUGGAUGGAAUUAUGCAUCCCUUCAGAUCUGAAUGGAUGACUAAGAAUUGUUACAAAUGUCAGUGUAAUGAAGAUGGAAUUCAGUGCUGCAAUGUAGCUAUUAAACCAAUAGAUGUUGAUGAAAAGAAUUGCUUGAGCUUUCUGAACAAAGCAACCUGCAUAUAUCAGGUCUUGAAUAAAGAAGACCCCACCAAAUCCUGCCAGGUCAAGACUUGGAUUGGGUAGCACUGACCCUUCUUAGUGCUUCUGCCAAGAUCUUUGCUUUCCAUAAGCAGAGGAGAAGCAGUGCUCCUCUUCUUGAAAUGAAGUAUGAAAAGCUUGAAACCCUGCUACAUGUGAGCAAUAUCUUGCUUCCCGCUUCUUGGGAGAUGCCACCAUGGUGAUCAUGAAGCUCGGAACUUGAGAAGGAGAGCGGUGAUGAUCCUUGUUCCUCCUCUGGGAUUUUCAGAGCAUAUUGAACAUAAGGGCCAUGGAAAGGCUGUUUUUUUCCCUCUUUGCCCCAAUUUCCUUGAGCUGGGGCUCAGGCUGGUUCUUCUUUGGUGCAGCCCAGAUACAUCAUGAAUUUCAAUCAGAGCCAUUUACAUAUAACCCAACUGGAUAAGUGUUAAAGGUAACAGCUCUUUUAAAAACCAUCUCUGAUAGAUCAUCUGAGUCAUCUCCCAAUAUCCUGCGACCUGCUGCCUAAUGAAUGCUUUGAGAAAAUAAAUUAGCUUGCAUCAUAA